UUUCACCAUACGAAGAACUUAACGUAUACAAUUCUCUCAAGAUGCAGGGACUUUAACUGACAUUCCACAAACAAUAAUAUAUCUUUAGAUCGUCAUUUUCUCUUACCCACAUUGAUAAGCACUACUUUUUGUAGACUAACUUUCGAAUCGAAAUGGGUAUAUUCCCUGGAUUUGGUGGCUGGAUCAAUCAGAAUAUUCAACAGCCCCUUAAGACGUCCAAGAGAUCAAAGAAUGGUAAAUCUAGUUCAGUUUCAGAAGAAGAUAGGUAUAUUCAGGGACCAUGGUAUUGGGAUCCUGAUAUAAGCCCUAAAGAAAAGGCUGAAUCCAUGGAAAUAGACCAUGUUAAAUCUAUGCCACUGUCUGCUACUGAUCCUAGGUACUAUGACUUGGAUGAACUGGUGAGGCAAAACAGACUUUGGAAUUCUGAAAAAAAACAUCCAUGGAACGGUGCACCUGCUAAGGUGAAGGUGAAAACAAAAAAAGGGCUUUGCCAUUUAAACAUAGAUUUCACAUUGGGAUCUCCUCCUCAAUCAGUCUCCGAGAUGUUCACCAAUCCAAGAAACCUGAUGUACUUCCAUUCAAUGGGCAAGUACAAGUACAACUGGCGCACACGUCUGGACACAAGAGCAACAAAGGUUUUAAAGAAGGAUGGACCAAGGCAGAUCACGGAAGUGGAAAAAGUUUUGAGAUGGAAGAUACUUGGGUAUAAUGGGACUAUCCCAAUACAUUUAAUCAUCGAUGAAAACCAUCAAAAAGUUACCGCAACAUAUAAGAAAGUGAAAGUGAAGCAUAUGAAAGUGUUUGAGGGUAGCUGGAAAAUACAGCCACUGUACGUAGAUCAGGAACGGUUGUGCAAGUCUAGGUCGCGGAUUAGUGAAGAACAGUACAAAAAAUGUAGUGGCGGUAAAGGAAGAAUUGGCUCAAAGGUGACAAUGGAGCAUAUAUUUGAGCCAUCUUCUCUUCUUAAUGUGCCACCGGUUUCUUGGUUCAUCCGUGGUAUCGCCGUCAAAGUCACCAAAGCUUUGCUCCAAGAUCUUAGAGAAUAUGUAAUCACGUAUAAUAAAACAGAGACCGUAGACCCGCUGGUGUAUGCUAAAAUAAAAGAAUCAAUCCAAAAAGAAAAAGAAACUGAACUAAAAGAAUUGGAGGAUUAAAUGUUUGGACUAUAUUCAAUGAGGAUCAAUAUCUUGCCAUCCACCUCACUAAAAAUGAUCUACCAAUCAGAAUACAACUUACGUAAAUGUCAUUUUCUAUUUAAAUAAGAUUAUUUAUUAGUUUAAUGUCUACUAGAUUUUACCUGUAUUUUGAAACCGCGAGAUUAUAUGGACAAGACUUGGGUUCACUCUCUAGGGUGAAUCUUUAAAUUC